AUGCUCAAUGAAAUCCAAGUAAAGUGUACAUUAUGUGGUGAAACAAAUCUUCAACGAGGCAAUUUUCAAAAUCAUAUUAACAAUUUGUGUCCAAAAGCGGAUGUAUCUUGUUCGAUCAACAGUGAUAUGAGUUGUUCUUGGAUAGGAUCACGUGAUCAACUUGAAAUUCAUCAAUCCGAAUGUAAAAUUUAUCAAUCAAAAUUAAUGAAAGAAAUAAAUUGUGUCAAAGAUCAACGAAGUGAAAUUUUAACGGUUGAUCGAAGAGAGAAUCUUGUCAAUGAAUUGACAAAUCCUCGUGAACUGGAACUUGAAGAAUACAUCACUCGAUCUACCGAUUGGGCGAUUGAAUUAGCUGAACGGCUGAUGACCAAUAGUGAUAUGUCAAUUGUGGUAGAACAAGCAAUCGUUCGGAAAAAAUGCAGUAUACUCAUUCUAAAGGGAAACCAUAUUGAUGCAAGCGGUGCUUUGAUUCUAGCCAAAACAUUGAGCAAUAACAUGUCAUUAAUAAGAUUAGAACUUCAAUGUAAUCGUAUAGGUGAUCGUGGCGUGGAUUAUUUAGCAGAUGCACUUACAGUUAAUAAGUGUCUCAAAGUACUAGAUCUUAGAGAUAAUAAUAUUACUCACGAAGGAGCAAGACAUUUGGCUAAUAUGCUUAAAAAGAACCAAACAUUGACUUCACUGUCAUUAAGUUCCAAUCAUAUAGAUGAUCGUGGCGUACGAGUAUUAGCCGAUGCACUUAUUGAUAAUAUGAGUCUUCGUCGAUUGUGUCUUUUUCAAAAUCAGUCAAUUAGUGAUUGGAGUAUCGAAUCUUUGAUAAACAUGAUGCGAUAUAAUCAGUCGUUAGAAGAACUCAUUCUACAAACCAAUAAAUUAUCUUGGUGGAGUAUGAUACUACUUCGAUUUGCAUUGUUGACAAAAGCGAACUUCACCUUAAUAAUGUAA